AUGCAUUAUACCCAGGUCACUGAGAUCAGGAGGAGGCUGCACCGCGACUGGACGGUUCGGAUUGAUCAUGUUUUCCGCGAAGCUAACUUUGCUGCGGACCACCUAGCUUCCAUAGGGCAAUCGAAACCAAUAGGAGUGCAUGUGAUUGAUAGACCGUGUACUUCUCUGUUGUACUGGCUGUACUUUGAUCGGGUGGGAAGCGAAACCCCCCGUUUUGUUCGUAUGCAAUAA